CCGCCGCUGUGAAGCCUGGGAUCUGGCUGUGUGUGUGUGUCUGCUUCAGAGCAGCAGUCGUCGCCACUGUGCGCCGCUCAUCAUGUUGCAGCAGCAACAGCCUCUGACGGGCAAUGGGCCCUCUAACGGCCGGGGACUCGGCAUGAGUGGCCACACCGGGAUCCACGCCCUGAACUCGGUUCACCAGCCCUCCCAGCAUCGGUCCGACGGAGGAGACCCAGGCCUCGAGGGCACAGAAAACGGACACGAAACCCGCAGAGACAUUGGUGACAUACUGCAGCAAAUAAUGACCAUCACCGACCAAAGUUUGGACGAGGCACAAGCAAAGUACAGGAAACAUGCGCUCAACUGUCACCGAAUGAAACCUGCCUUGUUCAGCGUCCUGUGCGAGAUCAAGGAAAAAACAGGCUUGUCAAUGAGGAACGCCCAGGAGGAGGAGCCACAGGACCCUCAGCUGGUGCGACUGGACAACAUGUUAUUGGCAGAGGGUGUGGCAGGACCAGAGAAGGGUGGCGGGGCUGCUGCUGCCGUGUCUGCUGCCACCAGCUCGGGAGGGAUGUCACCUGACAGCUCGCUUGAACACUCCGACUACAAAAGCAAGUUGAGCCAGAUUCGCAGUAUCUACCACACUGAACUGGAGAAGUAUGAGCAGGCAUGCACUGAGUUCACCACCCAUGUCAUGAACCUCUUGAGGGAGCAGUCUCGCACACGGCCUGUCACUCCGAGGGAGAUUGAGCGCAUGGUGGCCAUCAUUCACCGCAAGUUCAGUUCAAUUCAGACUCAGCUCAAACAGAGCACUUGUGAAGCAGUUAUGAUCCUGAGGUCCCGCUUCCUUGAUGCCAGGCGCAAGAGACGCAACUUCAGCAAACAGGCCACAGAGAUCCUGAAUGAAUAUUUCUACUCCCACUUGUCCAAUCCUUACCCCAGUGAAGAAGCCAAAGAGGAACUUGCCAAACAGUGUGGUAUCACUGUCUCUCAGGUGUCCAAUUGGUUUGGUAACAAGAGAAUCCGCUACAAAAAAAACAUUGGCAAGUUCCAGGAGGAGGCCAAUCUUUAUGCUAUGAAGACCGCUUUGGGUGCAAGACAGGGGGAUGAUUCCCCUCAUACUCCCAAUUCUACAGGAUCUGGCUCGUUUUCUUUGUCUGGGUCAGCUGACCUGUUUCUCGGAGUUCCACCAGUCAAUGGUGAACAGUCAGCAUACCAAAUGGGAGUGCAGGCCAACGGGAACUGGCAGGGUCGAAACUCACCUCGGUCUGGUGCCUCGCCCCGCAGUGACCAAUCAGAAAACUCUGACUGAUAGCCCACCUUAUACGCACAGAACGACAGCGAUGGAAAGAUUGAUGACAGAAGAAAGAAUGAUACUACACUUCCCACUUGGCUGCAGUUGUUUUUGUACAUUGUUUGGUUUGAUGAUUUUAAAAUGUACAUUUUUCUUUUGCCACUCAGCUCUGGUCAUUGUUAUAUUUGUAUGAUUAACUGAGUGCAUGAAAUGGUGGUGUGAAAGAGUGUGUGUGCGAUGUGUGCAUGCAAGUGUGGUUUUAUUACUGGGCUCGUAGGGUUCAUAUAGCUACUUCUGACAUGUUACUGACUUGUGUUUGUGGUUGGGGAGGGGGGGUGCAUUAUCAUUGUUUUUAGCACACUAUAUUAUGUUCAUUAUUAUUAUUAUUAUUUCUGUUUUAUUGUUAGAACUGCAACUAUUUCAGUUUUCAUUUUAAUGGCUCAAAAAGAGACAAUGCAUAUAUAUUGAAUGACAGGGCAAGAGAAAAUCCAAAGAUUUUGUGUGUUUUUGUUUGUUUUUCUCCCUGGGUUGCUGUGUUCCUCUGAGAUGUGUGAGGUAUGGCUGAGUCAUUAUUAAUAGUUUGAAUGAGUAUAUCAACAGUGCUGUCUUUUUUCUGUACAGUGAAACACCUGUAUUCUCUCUACCUCUUUUACAAUAAAUAUUCUGUACUCACAACCACCUUA